GCAAGCUGGGAGCUGCAGACAUGGAGACAGGCCGCAGAAAACAGCCUGGGAUCUGCAGGGAGGGGACAUUGAGACCAUCUUUUUGGUUGGGGAACGAGACUUUGAAAGUGCCAAUAGCACUCUUUGCUUUGAAUAGAAAACGGCUGUGUGAUCGAUUAAGGGGGAAUAAAGACGUCCCAAAGAAUGCUAUUGUUUUGCUGCAGGGUGGCGAGGAAACCCAAAGAUACUGCACUGACACUGGCAUUCUCUUUCGCCAGGAAUCUUAUUUUCAUUGGACUUUUGGAGUAACUGAACCAGAAUGCUAUGGAGCACUUGAGGUUGAUACAGGAAAAUCCAUUCUCUUUAUCCCGAAACUCCCUGAAAGCUAUGCAGUUUGGAUGGGAAAGAUUCAUCCUCCUGAAUAUUUCAGGAAGAAAUAUGCUCUGGAUGAAAUACACUAUACAAAUGAGAUAACCAGUGUCUUGGCUCCAAAGAAACCCUCCGUUCUUCUUACAUUGCGUGGUCUUAAUACUGAUAGUGGACACAUCUGCAGGGAAGCUUCAUUUGAUGGAAUCAGCCAAUUUAACGUGAACAAUCAAAUUCUUCAUCCUGAAAUUGCAGAAUGUCGUGUGUUUAAAACAGACAUGGAGUUGGAAGUUCUACGAUACACCAAUAAAAUAUCCAGUGAAGCUCAUAAAGAGGUAAUGAAGGCAGUAAAAGUGGGUAUGAAAGAAUAUGAGAUGGAGAGCCUGUUUCAACAUUAUUGCUAUACUCGUGGUGGCAUGCGCCAUACUUCUUACACUUGUAUCUGUGGCAGUGGCAACAACUCCUCUGUUUUGCACUAUGGACAUGCUGGAGCCCCAAAUGACAAGACUAUUGAUGAUGGAGACUUGUGGUAAGUUAAAGGAUUUUUG